AUGACACCACCUGAUCCCGACUCCACGGAAGCACGACAUCACUCAGAUGGCGGCGAUCCGCAAAGGCGACGCAACAACAACAAAAGGCGACGCAAUAACAAUAACAACAACCGCAACCGUCGCAGUAAAAACUUCGUCAAAGGGCGAACACGCGGAGGAAAAAAUGGCCGCCGCCCGAAUAACGACCAAGAAGAUUUUACCGAACGCCGUCCACCAGAAUACGUCGGAGAUCCCUUUGAGACGGAAGGCCUCCUCGAAAUCGCCCCCAAGGGAUUCGGCUUCCUGCGCAUUGCCAAGCGCGACUUCGAGCAAGCCCGCAUCGAUGUUUACGUCGGUCAUGACCAAAUCCGUAACAAUGGACUGCGUCAAGGAUCUUGGAUUACUGGCAUGGCCCGCGAUAGCAACCGUGGCCAACAACUCGUCGAAAUCAAAACCGUCAACGGGCUCCCCGUGGACGAAGCCAAAAAGCUCCCCUCCUUUGACGAACUCAAGGCAUACAACCCAGAUAAACGCCUCGCCUUUGAAACCACCCCCGAUCGUCACACCACUCGCAUUCUAGACAUCGUCGCCCCCGUCGGGCGAGGUCAACGCGGCCUCAUCGUCUCCCCUCCCCGUUCAGGAAAAACUACGAUGCUCCUCCACAUCGCCGAAGCCGUCCAAGAACUUCACGAGGAACACCUACACCUCAUGGUUCUUCUCGUUGAUGAGCGACCUGAGGAAGUCACCGAAUUUAAACGCCAACUCCCCGACACUGAGAUUUACGCCAGCUCCAAUGACCAAGGAAACCGCAAUCAUUGCCGUCUCGCCGAGCUCUGCAUUGACCGCGCUAAAAGACUGAUGGAAUCAGGAAAACACGUUUUCAUUCUCAUGGAUUCCAUCACCCGUCUCGCUCGUGCCUAUAACAAUAGCCCCACCGGUGGAGGCCGUGGAAAAGGCUACCAAUCUGGCGGCAUCGUGGCAGGUGCCCUAGAGAUGCCACGUCGCCUCUUUGCGGCAGCACGUAACACCAAAGACGCAGGCUCUAUCACAAUCUUGGCUACCGCCUUAAUUCAGACUAAUUCCCGCGCCGAUGAAGCCAUCUUCCAAGAAUUCAAAGGCACUGGAAAUAUGGAACUCGUGCUCGAUCGAAAAAUUGCUGAGCAAUACAUCUACCCAGCUGUCGAUAUCUUCAAAUCGGGCACUCGCCGUGAAGAACUCAUCCUCCCCGAUCACACCCUCCAUAAAAUUCACCUCAUCCGCCGUGGCCUCUCUGGCCACAAGCCCACGGAAGCAAUGGAGCGCAUGCUCUACUUCCUUAAAAAAACUCCUAACAACGCUCAGCUUCUUCUCGACAUCAAAGGUUAA